CUUCUUCGUCCAGAUGCGGACGGCACAGCUGGCGCCCUAAUCCUGCUUCACCGACAAGUAAUGCAUCGCUACUGAGGAUGCGAUGCAUGUCCUUCAUUUUUUAUAUUGAGUAUCACCCAGGAUGAAAUCAUUUUUGCCUGAUUUUUCAUAUUUGGCCAGAAACAUUGUCGACAUCCCUCUUCUCUCAAUGUGUUUCACAGGUGUUGGUCGCACACUUCAAUGUCCCCACUGCAACGUCAGAUGUCUGGGACAACAACAUCUGGACAGACACGUGAAGAUAAGUCACGGUCACAUCGGCAGGAACGGGAGAUUCAAGUGCGAGCGGUGUCAAUACUCGACCGACAAGUCCACCCGUAUGAAACGCCACCGCAUGGCUCACACGGGAGAGCGACCCCACUGCUGCUCUAUCUGUACGGCACGGUUUGCUCAGCGGUCCACUCUCACCACACACACGCGGACCCAUACGGGAGAACGGCCGUAUGCCUGCUCCCUCUGCCAUGCACAAUUCGCUGACCAGGCGCACCUCAUCAGACACAAGCGAACCCACACUGGGGAGAGGCCGUAUGGCUGCUCCCUCUGCAAGGCACAAUUCAUUGAACGGUCAAAACUCACCGGACACAUGCGAACGCACACUGGGGAGCGGCCACACAGCUGCUCUAUCUGCAAGGCACGGUUCUUUGAACGCUCACAUGUUACUGCACACAUGCGGACCCACACUGGGGAGCGGCCGUUCGGCUGCUCCAUCUGCACGGCACGGUUCACUGAACGGUCUACCCUAACAAAACACAUGCGCACCCACACAGGGGAGCGGCCGUACGGCUGCUCAACCUGUGCGGCACGGUUCGCUCAACGGGCAUAUCUCAACGAACACGUGCGGACCCACACGGGGGAGCGGCCGUACGGCUGCUCACACUGCGAGGCCCGGUUCACUCAACGGUCAAGCCUCAAAAAACACAUGCGGUCCCACACGGGGGAGAGGCCUUUCGGCUGCUCCAUCUGCGCGGCACGGUUCUCUCAACGGUCAAGCCUCAACAAACAUACGCGUACACACACGGGGGAGCGGCCGUACAGUUGCUCCCGGUGUCAGGCCCGGUUCGCUGAAGGAGGAAGUCUCAUCAAACACAUGCGGACCCACACGGGGGAGCGGCCGUACGGCUGCUCACACUGCCAGGCCCGGUUCACUCGACGGGCAUAUCUCUUCAGACACAUGCGGACCCACGCGAAGAGCGGCCACACGGUUGCCUCUACAUCAGCAACGGUUCGGCAGUUUGACACAAAAAAUACGUUUUAAAGUGGUUGGUUCACUGGUGAGAAUAACAAGCUGUGAGUGACCGAAGCGGUAAAUCGUUUAAAUGUCGAAACACAGUGCUGAGGCUUCACGACAAGUGCAUGACCAGCCCCCGUUGUACGUUAGUUAUUCGUGUUAUAGCUCUGACUCUCGUUUGUGAGCUUCGUGGCUACCAGUGUCAUAUCUGGUUUGUUUGUACUUAUCCGGUGUGAUUCAGUGGUUGUGUAUUUAAAAUAGCCGCCCUUACAUAGGAGGAAAGGACUGUGGAACUGUCGUUAUUUUAAGCGCCGUAGCGCCAUUUUUAACCCAUUAAUGCCGCUUGGGUCAUAUAUGACCCAAAAGCAAAAUCUUCAUGUUUCUUCUCAAUGGAGGCAAAUGGCACUUUGAUGAACUUG